AUGGCAUCGAGAGACCCGGCAACUGACCAGCUCAUCAAUUUCAAGAAGUCUAUCAAGGGUGAACCUGGUGUUAUAACUACUAAGUAUGGAGCGCCUGUUGGUGUGAAGACAGCGAUUCAAACAGUGGGCAAAAAUGGACCAGCCUUACUUCAAGAUGCUCAAUUCCUCGAUGAGAUAUCUUCAUUUGAUAGAGAGCGUAUUCCUGAGAGAGUAGUACACGCGAAGGGUGCAGGAGCAUUUGGUUACUUUGAAGUAACUAAGGACAUAAAAAAGUACUGUGCAGCGAAAUUGUUUGAAUCAGUAGGCAAGCAGACCCCCGUUGCUAUUCGUUUUUCAACUGUCGGAGGCGAGAGCGGUUCCGCAGACACGGUACGUGAUCCUCGUGGCUUCGCCGUCAAGUUCUACAGCGAUGACGGCGUCUGGGAUUUAGUGGGCAACAACACUCCCAUAUUCUUCAUCAGAGAUCCAACUCUCUUCCCUAGUUUUAUCCACACCCAAAAACGUAAUCCAGCUACUCAUUUAAAGGACGCCGAUAUGUUCUGGGACUUUAUGACUCUCCGUCCAGAAACCAUGCACCAAUUGAUAUACAUGUUCGGAGACCGAGGUAUCCCUGACGGUUACAGAUUUAUGAAUGGAUACGCGUCCCACACAUUUAAAAUGAUCAAUGACCAAGGGGUAGCCCAUUAUGUGAAAUUCCACUUUAAGACCAACCAGGGAAUUAAGAACUUGCCUGUAGACAAGGCAGCUGAACUUGCGUCCUCCGAUCCGGAUUAUUCAAUUAGGGACUUAUAUAACGCUAUCGGUCGCGGCGAUUUUCCCUCAUGGACACUACACAUUCAGGCUAUGACCUUGGAACAGGCUGAGAGCUAUGAAUACAAUCCGUUUGAUGUUACAAAGGUAUGGCCGCACGGUGAAUUCCCCCUUAUUGAGGUCGGUAAGAUGGUGCUCGACAGGAACCCUAAGAACUACUUCGCUGAAGUAGAGCAAGCCGCUUACAGUCCAUCCAAUAUGGUGCCUGGUAUCGAGCCCUCGCCCGACAAAAUGUUGCAAGGCCGUUUAUUCGCAUACAGUGACACACACAGACAUCGUCUCGGUGCCAACUACUUGCAGCUGCCGGUAAACUGUCCUUACCGUACUACUGUACGUAAUUACCAACGCGACGGCCCUCAGAACAUGUCCAACCAAGAUGGAAGUCCGAAUUACUUCCCGAACUCUUUCUCCGGACCUGUGGAAUGUAAGCGUGCGGAACGCCUCCAGCACGUUCAGCCGCUUUCUGGUGACGUUCAAAGGGCUGACUCAGGGCUAGAAGAGAGCAAGGAAAACUUUACGCAAGCUACAGCUUUGUAUAGCCGUGUCUUCUCGCAGGCUGAGCAACUUCGUUGUGCCCAGAAUAUUGCAGGAAACCUAAAAGACGCUGCUGGCUUCAUUCAAGAGCGUGCCAUUAAAUUGCUGGCCCUGGUACACCCACAAUUGGCAGCCGAUGUGACGGCCGCUUUAGCUCCAUACAAAAAAUACCACGCCAGCCUUUAG